AUGCGUCGCCGGCAGGCUGAGGGACGCGGCGGCAGUGAGCGGGGAGGUGCGUUUGUCCUGAGCAUGGAGGACGGGAGGAAAGUCCACCUGGUGAUCGCUGGCUGGGUGUGCACAACCCUCUGCCUGGUUUCCUACACGGCUGCCUUCUCGCAUGGCGCCGGUCUUUCCGCCUGUGCUGACAUGAUGCCCAAGCACCUGAGAGCUCAGCUGCACAGCCCCAGGAACAACUACAUUACCAUCCACACCAACAUGUCCUUCUACUUCCCAGGAGACAAGGUUCCAGUGACGGUGAGGAGCAGCCGGGAUUUCAUGGGCUUUUUGCUUCAAGCUCGCAAAGUGUCUAACGACGAAAUUGCUGGCACAUUUGUCUUCAUUCCUCCUGGUUCCAAGCUGCUGACGUGUUUUGAAGAUGGUGAUACUGUCACCCACUCGGACAAGUCCCUGAAGAGAAACCUGUCCUUCGUAUGGAAGGCACCAGACCAACCCAUUGGAGACAUCAAAUUUUUCAUCUCUGUGGUCCAGUCAUACUUUGUUUACUGGGCAAGGAUUGAAUCUGCUGUUGUGGCUCAACAAGGGCUGAACACCACGUCUGCUGGCACCAAGAAGGCCGGCCCCCUGACAUCUGCAUCCUUGCAGGAACCUGCUGACCCACGUGUAACUGGCACAGCAAGCAAAGCUGCCAGCGAGAUCAGCAAUGGCCAUGAAGAACUUCCUGAAGUGAGGGUACAAGUUGGCAUCCAAGAUACAUCGCCCACUGCCGAGCCAACGCUGUCCCAGACUUUGCUGGGCGCAUCCAGCAGGAGCGGAGGGAGCAGCAACUCCAGCGGGCCAGGGCUGGAGCCAUCGCUCACCUUCCAAGAGCCGGGCAUGGCCAGCGCUCUGCAAAGCCUCCUCUUCCAGGACUACGCCUCCAGCCAGAGCCCCUCUGACGGACCACAAAGCACUGCCAGCACUACCAAACCAUACCCGUGUUUGAUGUGUAAAGAAGAUGGGCAGGCAAGCACUGAGAACGGGACCACCUUGAAAACCUCCCUGCAGGCAACAGCUUCGUGGUCUGCCCUACAGAUGCGCCAUCACCUGGGUGAAGCCGCUGUGACAACAGCCUGGUUUGGCGAUGCAGACACUACCAGCAAUUUGUCAUUGGCUUCGAGGCGGAUGGCAGAAAGCAAGCCGUCACUGCCACUGGAGGAGGUAGGCUCCGUGGGCAAGGAGGAGGAGGAGAAGGUCAGUGAGGAAGCAGGUGGGAAUACACUGCCGUGGGUGACCAGACCAGCUCCUGAAUCUGCUGUUCCUGGCAAGGGAGAAGGCUCUCAUAGAGGGACCCGUCUCAUAGCAGCCCAGCUUGGCAUCCUCCUCGUCUGCACAGCCAUCCUGGGCCUGGCUCUGGCAGCUGGCCUGCGCUGCCUCUACACCCAGUACUGCCACAAGCGGACGGAGGUGUCCUUCAGCGAGCCAGGCAGCGACGUUGUCACCGUCAGAGAGAACGGGGAGAUGAUGCACUUCCGCAAGAUCCGGGAGAACAGCUUCGUGCUGGUCCAGGCUGAGUACAACUGGGUCAGCCCCUCCAGCAGCGGGAAAAGGAGAAUAAUCUAAAUGUUUGCAGUGCUUAAGGCAGAGCCACGUAGGUGAGCCAGCUGCCCGUAGAGGUGAAAAUGGCCCAGAUGUGCAGAACACGGACUCUAGAAAGCAGUAGUGUUGUUUGUGUAUAUGCACACGUAGAGGUAAACAAAAGUGACGCAGCCAGUUCAGACAGAGGUGUUAGUCAAAAAUAUCUAAGCUCCUGCUGCUGAGAAAAUAAACGUAGA